GAGGACCUGGAGGGAAGGAGAGAGGGAGACAAAGAGGCUGAAAAUUCCAUUACUUCUGACGCCACUCUAUCUACCCACACACCUGCCGUGGAGGAGACUCUGAGAGCGAUGGACAGACUGUCAGUGGAGGAGACCAGGGAUCUCCUGGUCUCAGUUCUCUUUGUCCUCAAGCACAUCGAGAGCUCCGUGCUGCUCCACUGGUGGAGCGACCUCAUUGGCUCUGGAGGAGGGUCCAGAGCUUCCGGCAAGUUGAGCGACUUUGAAGAUCCGUCCACAUCUCGUCUCUCGCAGUUCUUUGACUUUUUCAACGCUCUAGAAACAUGUCUGUAUUCCUUCAAGUACUGUGGGAGGACUGCAGUCAGCAAGAAACUAGCCUUGUCAUAUCGCGAGUCGACUCUGUCCCGCUCUCCCUCAGCCUCUCCGUCUGUCUCCACACCUCCUCAGAAAGAGAAACUAGGGAAGAAGACGUCUGUGUCCAGCGUGGCAGGGAAGACAGCCAAACGCCCUCCCAACUCCCCAGCACCCACGCCGGCCACAUUCACCAUCCCUCGCUCCCCCACUGCCGAGGAGCUGACUGCCGAGGAGCUGGCUCUACACGUGAAACUGGAGGGAGCUCUGUCUAUGGACUCAUCAUCCUGGGUGUCCCGGACACCUUCAUGGAGGGGAUGACCAGCGAGCUGUCGCAGGCUAUGGGUGACAACUACUUCAUGGCAAAGUUUUUCACGCUGCUCAUCACGAUGCUCCACGUCAGUACAUCUGCCACUCUCCAGUCCCACAUUUUCAACUUCCUCCGAGUCUUCAUCCACAACUUCAGAGAGAGCACUCUACUGGGGGAGAGUGAUACCAACCUCCGUCGAUCCCUCACCACCAUCGCCAACUUUGUCAAAGACGACUCCAAGAUUAAGAGACCAUUCGGAGACGACCACGAGAAGCAGUACAUCUACAAGGAGCCAGCAGUCACCACUCUGGCCGAGAUUGUUCUCAGACUCCAUUCCUCUCCCAAUAGGUUGACAUAGAGUCGUUGGCCUCCAACCACGCCAACAUACUUCACGGAUGACAUGUUGCAGGAGAGAACGUCGCGGUUUGAGAGGACCAACAAUCUCAGUCGGUUUGUGUUUGAGGCUCCGUUCACGAGAGGGGGCAAAGACGGUCCUCACCAGUGAGUAGAGUGGGCAUAUACAGUGGAACCUCUCUAACCAGCAGAGGGACUGAAGAAAGUACUUAGUGUCAGCAACUCAGUCUUCCCACUGGUUCCCCAAUCUUUUGGUGGAGUUGUUGGUGGGGGAAAUGAGCCUGUACCUAGUCAUCUCAAUUGUGCAAUUAUUGUGUGUCACGGACUGAAUAUCUACUGAAAGUUCUUCUUCCUGAUCUCGUCUCUCCCGUUGGUGGCCAGGUGAACCAAGGAGUGCAGGAAUACGCAGUGUUUCUCUCUCAGCAACACUCUUCAGAACUGUCGUCUGCUCAGCCAGCUCAAGACCGUCUACCGGUGAGACGAGAGAGAAAGAGGAAAAAGAUGCUCACCACUCUCAACCCACUCAUAGCUGAUGACUCUGACAAUGAUGACAGGGUGGCCCAUGGCAGUGAUACAUAUCCGAGAGCAGCUCGAAGGUCUCAGGUUGGACUGGACCCUCACAGAAUGUCCAUUCUCUUCAGCUCCAUCAGUGGAGGAACUUGACACAUGACCAUUAUUACACACACACUUCUUCCCAGCUGUUAUUCUUGUGUACAAAACUCAAAAUGUGCAAUUUAUGAUUAAUUAUUGAUCAGUG